ACUGUUCGACUCAUCAGCCCAUUGGCCACGUCCUGGUGUUUUCUGGUUAGCUCUUUGUGUGUUCUGGCGAACCCAUGCUCUCUGUCCAUUGAUUCUGCAUUUUCGGAACCUGAUUGCUUCGUCUGCAGAGGGAGGUUUGUUAAUUCCUGGGUCAGUAUGGCUACCCAGACAAUAGUUGAAACUGCGCAGAAAAUUGUCACUCCCGAAACCCUCCGCUAUGCAGCCAACCAAUCCCAACGUUGCCUCGUUGUCCCUGUCCGUCUUCGGCGUGCCAUUAAAAAAUACCUUCGAGAGCAGGAGGAGCCUUAUAUGAGGAGGAAAGUCUUGAGAUUGUCUCAAUCAUUCAAUCAAAUCAAGGAUGUCAAUCUACAGCUGGCAACCAGUACAGCAGAGAAGAUAGUUGAAGACCCUUUAAAGUCUUUUGAACAAUCAAAGCGUUGGAAGAUUAAGAGCGCUUAUGGGGACAUUGGUCUCACAUAUACAGAUGCUGAGACAAUUGCUUAUGUGGCUUCUCGAAUGCCUGCUGUUUAUUCUGCUUGUUAUAGAGUACUUAAAGAGGUUCGCAGAAGGCUUCCUGGUUUCUCCCCAUCGAAGGUAUUAGAUUUUGGUGCUGGGACAGGUUCAGCUUUCUGGGCACUGCAAGAAGUUUGGCCAAAAUCAUUAGAGAAAAUUAAUUUAAUAGAACCAUCACAGUCAAUGCAACGUGCAGGUCGAAGCCUCAUACAAGGUCUCAAGAAUUUGCCACUUAUUCAUAGUUAUGAUAGCAUUCAAGCACUUUCUAAAAGUAUCAGUAAAUCAGACAGAGGGCAUGACCUUGUAAUUGCUUCGUAUGUUCUUGGAGAGAUCCCAUCACUAAAGGAUCGAAUUACCAUAGUUCGCCAGCUUUGGGAUCUAACACAGGAUGUUCUGGUUCUGGUUGAACCAGGAACACCUCAUGGAUCUAAUAUUAUAACUCAGAUGAGAUCUCACAUAUUAUGGAUGGAAGAAAGAAAACAUCGUAAAUCUUCUCAUAAGAACAAGGAAGUUUGUAAAGAUUUGAUCACUCAGAAUGCCUGUGCCUUCGUAGUUGCGCCUUGUCCUCAUGAUGGGACUUGUCCACUAGUAAAAUCGGGAAAAUAUUGUCAUUUUGUUCAGCGCUUGGAAAGGACAUCAUCACAACGUGCCUACAAGCGUUCGAAAGGUGAGCCUUUACGUGGAUUUGAAGAUGAGAAAUUUUCCUAUGUUGUUUUCAGACGGGGACAAAGGCCAAGGGAACCUUGGCCUCUUGAUGGUUUAAAAUUUGACACUCUGAAGGAGCAGCAUGCAAAAAGAAAUCCAGAGGAUCUUGAAAUUGACUAUGAGGACUGGUUAAAGUUGCAACAAGCUGAUGAUACUCCUCAUGAAGUAGCAGAUGCAGUAACUUAUGAUUCUGAUGAUUUGGAAACUGGUGAUGGUCCUCGUGAAGCAGUAAAUGCAGUGACUUAUGACUCUGAUGUGGUGGAAACCGAUGCUGCCAAUGAUAAUGAAGAGGACAAGGAUGCGGAAGAAGAAAGAGCUAGUGCUGAUCUUGGAGGUGGCUGGGGCAGGAUUGUCUUCAUGCCUGUCAGAAGGGGUAGACAAGUCACAAUGAAUGUGUGUAGAUCCACCAAAAGGGAUGCCUCAGAGGGUUCAUAUGACCGUAUUGUUGUAACACACAGCAAGAAUCCUACGUUGCAUCGUCAAGCCAAAAGAUCUAUUUGGGCAAAAGACACUGAUAUUAUUGUGGCCACAACUCCAAAAUCAGGUACUACUUGGUUGAAAGCUCUUACCUUUUCCAUUGUCAAUCGCCAGUGCUUCUCCAUAGAGAACCAUCCAUUGCUCACUUCCAAUCCGCACGAACUUGUGCCUUACUUUGAACACGACAUUUAUGCCAACAACCAUGACCAAAUUCCUCACCUACCCAACAUGAUUGAACCAAGGCUUUUUGGUACACACAUUCCAUUUCAUGCACUGACCAAGUCAAGUAAGGAGUCCAAUUGUAAGAUAAUUUAUAUUUGCAGGAACCUAUUUGAUACUUUUGUCUCUACUUGGAUAUUCAACAACAAAGUUAAGCAAGAGUCUUUACCAGACUUGACACUAGAGGAAGCUUUUGAAAGCUAUUGCAAGGGGAUAACUAAUUAUGGUCCAUGGUGGAACCAUAUGUUGGGUUACUGGAAGGAAAGCAUAGUUAGACCAAACAAGGUUUUAUUCUUGAAAUAUGAGGACCUUAAAGAAGAUGUUAGCUUUCAGGUGAGAAAAAUUGCAGAGUUCUUGGGUUGUCCUUUCACUCAAGAAGAGGAAAGUAGUGGAAUGAUUGAAAACAUAAUCAAGUUGUGUAACUUUGAGAAGAUGAAGGAUUUGGAAGUAAAUAAGUUUGGAAGAACUUUCAGCAGGGUUGAUAAUAAGAACUUCUUUCGGAAGGCUGAGAUAGGUGAUUGGAAAAAUUACCUUUCCCCUUCAAUGGUUGAAAAGUUAUCCAAAAUUAUAGAUGAGAAAUUUAGUGGAUCAGGCCUGUCAUUUAAGGUGCACUCUUAA